AUGAUAAGGCCAUCAUGGGGGGGACCUACUGAGCUGCGGUUGGAGUCGCAGCUGCAGCGUGAGAAGUUCCCGCAAUACCAGUCACAUGUCAGCGCCCCAGAUCCAACUGGAACGUACUGGUUUGACCAGUAUGCCCCGACGGCAUACAAGACCCCUUACGGCUACCAGCCUGUUCUGCACUUCUACAACAAACUUCUGUAUCCCUCCACAACCCAGAAGAGACAGCUCGAGGAUCCUGGUGAAAUGCUUCCGAGUUCUGCAGCAAGACAGAUGCCUCCUAUUGAUGGUUUCAAUGAUAUAUCGUCCUCGCCUGAUACUGCCCCUGACUUCAUGGAAGGACCCAAGGCGAAACGGGCAAGACUGGAGUUGAAAAAUAACAAUUUCGCUCAGGUUCCUACGGCUAAACCAGCCCAAAUGUCGAUGGACAACCUCAAACAUCAAGGCAUGGAACAGGGCACCACGAACUUCUGCGAUAUUGCCCCUUCUGAAGAACCUGCCGCUCCGGUUGACUCAGACAAGGCUGACGACACCUACGCCGAUGGUAACAAGAACAAGCAUUUCCCAUGCAGCCAAUUUAUCAAAGGUGUUGGCCACAAGACCCAGCCCAAGGACUCCCCGACGAUGCCUUCAUCUUUUCAGAUACCCCAGAUUUGGGACAACAACGCUUGCACGAACAGCACCUCGGCCCAAGGACCGACUUCAGUUCCGACUUCACUGUCUACAGCAACACAGUCAACAAUGGUGUCCACAGACACAAGUUCCAUGUUUUCAGAUGCAGCAUGGAGCCAGAUUUUCAACAAGAUGGAGUUCGGCCCCCAAAACAAUCACCAAGCCAGCAACUCAUUUCACUUUCCGCAGCUCUUGGAGGCACACGACCCUGUGAUGAACCAGGCCGUUCAAGAUUCUUUGGAGGCAUUCGUUGGAGAUGCUAUCGUCGAAACGGAUACCAGUGGUUAUGUAUGGGACGGCGAGAAUCUGGGACAGUCUGGCUCCGAAGUAAUGGCGGUCCCAGAACAGUCAGGGUUUAAUAAUGGUCUCGAUUUCCUUGACGGCCUCGACCAUUUUGACGACGACAUUGACUGGAGUUUUGAUCCCCUUCUUGGAGAUGAUCUCCUUCCUGGUGCUUAUCUCACUCAUGGUGUUGAUUAA